AUGGCGUCAAUUGAUCAGCCGCUCAACGGCAAAAUUUUGCUCAUUACUGGAGGUGCAUCAGGAAUCGGCCUGAGUGUGGUAAAACAAGCACACAGCCUCGGCACGCGCGUCCUGGUCGCAGACCUCAAGACGACACCAGACUUUGAUGCCUUUGCGGCUGGCAAGAGCAACAUAGUCUACGUGCAAUCAGACAAGCAAUGGAACGACGUACCGGAUGCCUAUGCCAUUUGUGCGGGGCUAUUCGAGCCUUCGUUUUCCAACUUCUGGCAAGACCCGGAGCAGGAUGAGGGAUACAAGCAGGUGGACGUUAACGUGAACCAUCCUAUCAAACUGACGAGACUGGCAAUCAGGAAGAGCCUAUUAAAGGGAAAGCGAGCGAGUGUUUGCAUCAUUGCCUCUAUUGCAGGUAUUGCAGGAAACCUGGCUGCACCAUUGUACUGUGCAACGAAGCACGCCAUUGUGGGAUUUGUAAAGUCGCUCGCACUCAGCGAGCCCAUGACCGGCGUCAAAGUCACCACGCUGUGUCCCGCUGGCGUAUGGACGCCGCUAUUCGACGCUGCCAAGCAGCAGCAAUUCUCGGUUACUCGCGACACUACACUGACGCCGGAAGCAUGUGCAACUCAGCUCUUGAAUCUCCUCCAGAAGAAGGAGUACCCCUGUGGAAGUGUGUUGGAGAUUAGCUUGGGCGGCACACGCUUGAUUCCUGAAUGGUGUGUUCAACCUCCCACAGGCGUCGACGUGGGCCAAGCUACUGACGAAGCUUUUAUUGACAAUAUGCUGAAGCCUGUACGUGACAGGCUCGAUGCGGAAAGGGAGAAACUAUGA